AUGGGACCGGGAUUUUUGAUGUGCAUCGCGUACGUGGAUCCGGGGAACUUUGAGAGCGACUUGCAGGCGGGAACGCUGUUCGGGUAUAAAUUGCUCUGGGUGUUGCUCUGGGCGACGCUGGGGGGGUGGUACAUACAAGGUCUGACGAUACGGCUGGCGCUGGCGACGGGGUGGGACCUGGCGCGGUGCAUGCGGGAGGAGUAUCCGGACCCGACGCGGUACGCGCUGUGGGCGAUGACGGAACUGGCGAUCAUCGCGAGCGAUGUUCCGGAGGUCAUCGGCACGGCGUUGGCGCUGAAAUUGAUAUUUGGAAUUCCCACGUGGGUGGGAGUGGUGCUGACGUCGAUGUCGACGAUGGUGUUUUUGGGGUUGCAGUCGUUCGGGGUGCGAAAGUUGGAGGCGUUCAUGGCGGCGCUCGUCGGCGUGAUGUCGUUGUGUUUCUUGGCUGAAGUCACGUUUGUGGACGCGAAAGCGUCCUCUGUGGUGGCGGGGAUUGUGUUGCCUCGAUUGCCGGGAAGCAAGGCGCUGUAUAUCGCCGUAUCUCUCGUCGGCGCCGUGGUGAUGCCGCAUAAUUUAUUCUUGCACAGCGCUCUGGUGUUGAGCCGCGGGUUUAGUUUAGGCGAAAAGAGUCUGAGGAUGGCGUACAAGUACAAUAUCGUCGAGUCUGGGAUGGCGCUCUCGGUGUCGUUGUUCAUCAACUUCGCCGUCGUCAUCGUCGCGGCGUCGAAUUACGCGCACUUGACCGAUCCGGAGGAAAUGCGCCAGGUGCGCGAGCGUCCGUUGCAGUACGCGCCGCAAAUGUUGAAGGAGGUGCUCGGCACGGCGGCGAAAGGUUUCUUCGCCGCCGCGCUGCUCGCGUCGGGGCAAAGUUCCACUAUUACUGGAACGUAUGCCGGUCAGUUCGUCAUGGAUGGGUUCUUGGAGCUUCGUGUCAACCCGGUGCUUCGAGCGUUUGUGACGCGCAUGUGCGCCAUCGUGCCGUCUUUAAUCGUCGUUUUGGCCGCUGGCGAUAAGUACUCCGAGUCCUUGAUCGUGAUAUCAUCAACAAUUUUAGCGAUACAGCUCCCGUAUGCGCUGAUUCCCCUCAUCAAGUUCACCGCGAGCGAGCGAAUCAUGGGUCCCAUGGCGGUGUCGGCGAAGCGGUUGCGUUACACCAUCUGGCUCUCCGGCGGAAUCAUCGGCGCCAACGUGAUUUUGAUCUCCACGGCCAUCGUCGAGUCUAAGCUCGUGUGGGGCUCUUUCGCGGGUGUGUUCUUAGGUCUCAUCAUCUUCAGCAUGCUCGGCGUAUACAUCGCGACCCUCCUCUACCUCACCUUGCGACCCGUGCAUCAAAAUCUGAGCGCGCGCACGUCGGUUCGCAUGAAGCGUCCCGGCGACGCCAACUUAUCCGACGAAGAGCUCGACGACGCGAUGUGGAACAACGAUGACUUAUUACCGGAUCCCGCCACCGCCGCGGUGUACUCGCUCUGA